GAAGGAGGCAGCAGUGUGGGGACGAGAGCAUCCACAGGCAGCAUUGAGAAACAAAGCAACGGAGAUGAAAAGGAGAACUUAACAUCCCUUAAUGCUGCCUGCAUGCUUCCAACUGACUCAAGCUGUAUACGUGAAAAUGCAUCAGAUGUUACCGAAGCACCCAUUCAGAAACAAAGCAACGGAGAUGAAAAGGAGAUCUUAGUGCCCCAUAGCACUGCCAGCCCACUUCCCACCUGCUCAACCGAUAUGUCUGGCAACACAACGGAUAUUACAGAAACACCGGAACGCUUAAAAAGGAGCCAGAAAAGCAUGAAGGCGGAAGGCUCGGAUUCUGCGGCAUCCCAUUCUUUGCCGAGCGAGGAAACCGCACCGUUGACCGAGGUGAAAGUGAAGACAGAGGUACCAGAUGAAUAUGUUCAGGAAGUGAUCUGGCAAGACGAUGCCAAAGAUUCUAAGAAGAGCCUGAAAGAUGAGGCAGGAGAAGUUCCAGCCGAGAUCUGUGUGGUGAUUGGCGGGGUCCGUAACCAGCAGACGCUUGGUAAGCUAGGAUCUUAUGAAUGUGGGAUAUGUGGGAAAAAAUACAAGUAUUACAACUGCUUCCAGACCCACGUGCGUGCACACACAGACACUGAAGCUGCCUCGGGCGAAGGGGCCUCCCCAGGCAACAAUUUUCGGUACACCUGUGAUAUCUGUGGGAAAAAGUACAAAUACUACAGCUGUUUCCAAGAACACCGAGACCUGCAUGCUGUGGAUGACCCCUACGACCAAACGAUCAUAGCCAAGGAUGAGGUGAAGGAAGAGGAGCCUGAGCCGUUUCAGAAGAUUGGUCCAAGUAUGACUUACCGAGUUUGCAACUUAAAAACUGGCAACUACACGUGUGAAUUCUGUGGCAAACAGUACAAGUACUACACUCCCUACCAGGAGCACGUGGCUCUUCACGCCCCGAUCAAAUAUUCUCGAUCUCCACUCUUCGUGGCAGUGAAGACAGAAGCGAGUCCUUCAGGCAAAAAAACGCCAGCUUCCAUUAUCCGCUGCUCCACCCUCUUCCACCGCACUCCCUCCGGUGUCCCGCCGGCAUCCCAGUCCCAGAUGUUUCGUGCUCCAAAUUCUGGAUCCCCGGGAAGCAAAGCCACCACAGAAAGUGCUUUCAGCCGCAGAGUGGAAAGUAAAACGCAAAACAACUUUGAAGAAACAAACAGCAGCUCCCAAAACUCGAGUGAAACCGCAAGUCCCCUGGUUUCAAAUCCUUUUCCGCUUUUGCAAAAGAGCGGUCAGAGCCUCGACAGAAUCGUCAGCAGCCAAGGUGGGAAAAUCCCCAAGCGCCGACAGGAACCCAUCAGGAUCCAUCAGGCGCCUGGGGCGGACCAUCUUAAUGGGUCCAGCACCCCCGCGGAGGAAAGAGGAAGCAAACCAUAUACCUGUGGGGCCUGCGGGAUCCAAUUCCAGUUCUACAACAAUCUCCUGGAACACAUGCAAUCCCACGCUGCUGACAACGAGAACAGCCUCGCCUCCAACCACCCCAGGUCACCUCCAGCAGUGGUGGAAGAAAAGUGGAAACCACACCUCCAAAGAAACAACGCUAACAACACAUCAGCCAGCAGCUCGCUGACAAACAGUGCGAUCCCUGAGAAGGAGCGGCAGACCAUCGCCGAGAGGCUGCUGCGGGUGAUGUGUGCUGACCUGGGGACGCUGAGCGUGGUGAGCGGCAAGGAGUUCAUCAAGCUGGCUCAAACCCUCGUCGACAGCGGUGCCCGCUACGGGGCCUUCUCAGUCACAGAGAUCCUGGGCAACUUUAACACGCUGGCUCUGAAGCAUUUGCCUCGGAUGUACAACCAGGUGAAGGUGAAGGUGACGUGUGCCCUGGGCAGCAACGCUUGCUUGGGCAUAGGUGUCACCUGUCACUCACAGAGCGUCGGCCCCGAUUCGUGCUACAUCUUGACUGCUUACCAGGCAGAAGGCAAUAGCAUCAAGAGCUAUGUCUUGGGGAUCAAGGGGGUAGAUCUUAGAGACAACGGGGACUUGGUCCACCACUGGGUGCAGAACGUGCUGUCUGAGUUUGUGAUGUCUGAGAUCAGAACAGUGUACGUCACAGACUGCAAGGUGAGUUCCUCCGCUUUCUCCAAGGCAGGCAUGUGCCUGCGUUGCUCGGCGUGUGCCUUGAACUCAGUCGUGCAGAGCGUGCUGAACAAGCGGACUCUUCAGGCUCGCAACAUGCACGAAGUCAUUGAGCUGCUGAAUGUCUGUGAGGAUCUGGCGGGUUCUACGGGGAUCUCUAAGGAGACUUUUGGCUCCCUUGAGGAGACGUCACCCCCACCCUGCUGGAAUUCUGUGACGGACUCCCUGCUGCUCGUCCAUGAGCGCUACGAGCAGAUCUGCGAAUUCUACAGCAGAGCCAAGAAGAUGAAUCUCAUCCAGAACCUUAACAAGCACUUGCUCAGCAACCUGGCUGCCAUUUUGGCUCCAGUGAAGCAAGCCGUCAUCGAACUGAGCAACGAGAGCCGGCCCACCUUACAGCUGGUGCUGCCCACCUACGUGAAAUUGGAGAAGCUCUUCACCUCCAAAGCCAACGACGCGGGCAUCGUCAGCAAACUGUGCCACCUCUUUCUGGAAGCGCUGAAGGAAAACUUCAAAGUUCACUCGGCCCACAAGGUCGCCAUGAUUCUGGACCCGCAGCAGAAGCUGCGCCCGGUCCCACCAUAUCAACACGAGGAGAUCAUCGGCAAAGUCUGCGAGCUGAUCAAUGAAGUGAAAGAGUCUUGGGCAGAGGAGCCAGAGUUUGAGCCUUCCACCAAAAAACCACGGACCUCAAGCGAAAGCUCGCCAACUCAGGAAGACGACCGGUCGGGCAAAAACGAAGUCUAUGACUACCUGCAGGAGCCCCUCUUCCAAGCCACACCCGACCUCUUUCAGUACUGGUCCUGCGUUACUCAGAAGCAUACUAAACUAGCCAAGUUGGCCUUUUGGCUCCUAGCAGUGCCCGCGGUGGGUGCCAGAAGCAACUGUGUAAAUAUGUGUGAGCAGGCCCUCUUGAUCAAGAGGAGACGGCUGCUCAGUCCAGAAGAUAUGAACAAGCUCAUGUUCUUGAAGUCCAAUAUGCUUUAAAACUCAGUGGGA